AUGCAGAGCCCAGUCAGCACUCAUCUGGCUUGGUUCUGUGUGAUCAUCAUCUCUUUGGCCAUCUAUCCAGUGUGGCUGCAGAAGCCCCCCAAGAGGAAGGUGGUCAGUGGGAACGCCAAGGCCGUGGGCUGCUGCGAGGAGAUGAAGGAGCUGAAGAUGCAGGUGGCCAACCUGACCACCUUGAUAGAGGAGCUCAGCAAGAAGCAGGAGGACGAGAUGGGGAACGCCAUCGUGCAGGUGAUGGAGCUAGAAGGGAGCCUGAAGCAGAUGGACCUGCGCCUCCACGACGUGGAAGGGAAGUACUCCGAGAUGAACAACCAGCUGGGCAUCGUGCAGCUCCAGGCAGCCCAAACCGUCACACAAACGUCGGCCGAUGCUGUCUAUGACUGCUCAUCCCUUUAUCAGAGGAAUUACAGAACCUCUGGGGUUUACAAGCUGCUCCCUGACGAAUUCCUGGGAACCCCAGAGCUGCAGGUGUACUGCGACAUGGAGACAGACGGGGGUGGCUGGACUGUCAUCCAGAGGCGCAAAGUCGGCCUGACCUCCUUCAACAGAGACUGGAGACAGUACAAGCAAGGGUUUGGCAGCAUCCAGGGAGACUUCUGGCUGGGAAACGAACAUAUCCACCGGCUCUCCAGGCGCCCGACCAUGCUGCGCGUGGAGUUAGAGGACUGGAACGGCAACAUCCGCUACGCGCAAUACAACCACUUCACUCUGAGCAAUGAGCUGAACAGCUACCGCCUGUUCCUGGCCAACUACAGUGGCAACACGCCACACGACUCCAUGAGAUACCACAACAACACGGCCUUCAGCACCAAGGACAAGGAUAACGACAAAUGCGUGGACCACUGUGCGCUGUUACGCAAAGGUGGUUAUUGGUACAACUGCUGCACAGACUCCAAUCUGAACGGGGUUUACUACCGCAACGGAGAACACAACAAGAGCACAGAUGGUAUCACCUGGUACGGCUGGCACGGCAAAACCUAUUCCCUGAAAAGGGUCGAGAUGAAGAUUCGGCCAGCAGACUUCAAAGCCCAGGGGGAGAACAACAAAGUUGAGUAAGGCA